AUAAGCUUUAUUGACACGACAAAAAAUACAAUAAUUUUUAUGGUGAACUAUAAACUGCAACAAAAAAAGAGAAAGAAUACAGAAUACAUCUUACAACUCUACUAAUUAAACAACAUCGGAUGAUUAGAUUAACAUAUAUUUGAAACCGUGUGCGUGGUGAAAAGUCUUAGAGAAAGUAAGACAGAAAAUACAUUACAUGGUAUUUUGAAACGAAUUAACCCUUUCGUACACUUGAUUGCUUAUCACAGCUUAAAAACAGUCCUAUGAGUUUUUCACAUCCAACCACAUCAUAGACUUGAUGUACCUUGAUGCUAACAACUGACAGCGAUUUUAACUUCACGUCUUUAUCACUAUUUAUCCAUCUGCUAGUGCCGAUUUCAACGGUGACAAGAAAAGUUUUACACGUACAAAAAUGUGAAUUUUUUCUAACAAAUCUUCUCAUUGUGCCCCUUUCUGUCCACAGCAUAACGUGUAGUUUGUUCAAAUGGAAUUGAAAUAAAAGUGCAACAAUCUUGUUACAUGCUGCACAUUAUGUAAGAUUAGUGCUAAAACUGGACUAUGCUGUUUACCAUGUUGUUUACUAGUAUCCAUGGUGAAGGGAUUUCCUUAGCUGUUAUUGACCUGCAAGAUAACAGCUUAGUGUCUGAUAGACAACUAGAUAUGUACAAUCUAUCCAUUUGUUUGUCUAAUGAGUUACUGUUGUCCUACAUCUCCUGUUAUCAGGGUGUCUAACCUCCAUCGUUAUAAUUGGACUAAUUUUCAUUUUCGACAAAGAAUCCCUGAUUCUAAUUGUUCCUUUUGCUCAGCAUCUACGAAAAUGAAAAGGACGUGUUUAUAUUUUCAACAUAACAUCUUAAUUAGAGGCAUUGUGAUUUAUUAAAGCUUUAUUGCAUCCGCUACAGAGGAGGCAGUGAAUCCCAGAUGCCGUCUGACCAUCACCAUCUGAAGUGGGACUGUGUGUCUGGCCUUUCUCCUGUCAUCGAGAGUAACAAAAUAAACAAAGAGUCCUAUUGGAUGGUUGCCGACUGUCCUGAUGAAUGGACAGAUGACGUCACAAGGGAUAAGUGUUUAAAACAAGUGGACCCCUUUAAUCCAAGUGAGCUCGUCCAUAGAAUGCCUGUGGAGGACGCUUCAAAAAUCCCCUACAGAAACAUAUUUUGUGCAAUUUGUAACAAUGUUUCUUAAACAGAAACAGUUCUUUAGGAGUCGCAAGUUGAAUGUACAGGGAUGCUUGAGUUGUCUCCACAAAUCCCUAGGGGUUCCCAAGAAUAUAACAGCAUCAUUGAAAGUAGUGACGAAUAUUGCUUUGGAACGAAAACGAUAGCGUUUGUCCCUUUAGACAUACGGCAUGCUAGACGAUGUUUCCAGGCUGAUAUUUCAGAAGAGAGUUGUAAUAUCUCCUACUGUAAGUCCUACAGUUACCCAUAGGCAUUGGGUAUAAGAUUUACAGAAAUGUUCACUGUGCUCUUUGUGAAGGACUUUCUCUAACGGCAGCCGCAAACCUUAAGUGUGCUUCUUUUUCGGAACUUGGAAACCGAGAACCUUGCGUUCAAUAUUACGAAUGUCACUCAAGAUUCUCACUCACUAAUCUCUUCAACUUUAAUUCGUAUGGGAGUGGUGGAAACAGUCCCAAUCAGUGUCCUUCCGACACUUUAUACGAUCCUUUUGCAGACACAUGCCGGUUAUUCUCGUCCUCCCGUAGAACUCACGGCUCAUUAAACAAUACCACCCCCUUACAAAACUGCAGCGAACCCGCUCUAACGUUCACAGCGGAAGAGUUCCGAGUCCUUCCCAAUGGUAGCGUCCUCCUGUUGGGUUCUAACGUGUCCUGCUCAGCUGAGCAGGUGGCCAUUCUGAACACAACAGCAUCGAUCUGCGGGGAGUGCAUUCUUCAGUACUUCUCAAACUACACACAGACAGCUAACCCUUGGGACGCUACCCAGGGCUGGUUAACGCUGGGUCUUGUGAUAGUGUCCGCUGUAGCAGUGGUUGGUUACGUAGUCCACAAUAUCAGGUCUGGCCAGUGGGAGAAAGUCCCAGAAAAGCUGAAGGUUCAGGUGUUGGUAUGCAUGGCGUUUGCUGAAGUCUUGUUUAUGGUACGUGUGAGGGUCCCCCUCGGAUCGGCUUGUGCAGCGUUCGCGAUAAUUCUUCACUACUUUCUGUUGACGGCCUUUACAUCCAUGAACGCACUUGCCAUGGACCUCUUUCUAACGUUUCGUGAUGCUUUAGAAAGAGCGAAGCUGUACCAGUACCUGUUGUACACAUGGUUGAUGCCGGUCCCUAUAGUUAUAGUGACCGUGAUUGUAGAGUUCGGCAGUUCGGUCAGUGUGGGGUAUGGAGAGAACUGUUGGAUCGGCAAUCCGGUAGCCAACCUGGUGGCUUUUGGAGUCCCUGUCUUCAGCGCCAUUCUGAUCAAUGCUGUCUUGGCCACUUUUGUCUUGCUGGCCAUACGGAAGUCAUUUGUGAUAGCCGACAAGGCAAAGUCACGUUCGAACAGCAGCAAGGCUUGGGUUUACCUGCGUAUCUGCUUCCUGACGGGGUUCACCUGGAUUCUCGGCUUCAUCUAUCCUUACGUCAACAGCCGAGCUGUCGAGUACAUCUUCAUUGUGCUGAAUGCUUCUCAGGGCCUUCUACUGGCCCUGAUGCUGACAAUAACAUCGAAGGUGGUGCAGAAAUGGAAGGUGGCGAUCAGGGAACGCUUUGGUCUGGCUGAACCUAACAAAGACAAUAGAGCAACCACCGCUGCCAUAAAGCAGAGGACCACCGCAACGGCGUCUGAGACCAGCUCUUCUGCAGACAUACCUCUGACAACUUUCACUGAUGUGGAGGAGAACAGAGCACGCAUUCAGCUAGAUAGUCCAAAUAGGGCCAGUGGAUGUACUGCCACUGUAAGCAAUCGGAAGACCACAGUGUGUGCUACAUGUACAGAAAUGCCCAAGACAACUUUAGCUGAUGUCGAGAAAACUGCACGCUCUCAUCUGAACAAGCCUCAACAGGACAACGGAGCAACCGCCGCUGCAAGCACCAAGCUUGCCUCCACAGGGGGAACUGACGCAGUUGCAAGCGGAAGUGACGUAGUGGCAGGCGGAAGUGACGAAGUGGCAGGUGGAAGUGAUGUAGUGGCAGGUGGAAGUGACGUAGUGGCAGGUGGAAGUGACGAAGUGGCAGGCGGAAAUGACGUAGUGGCAGGGGGAAGUGACGUAGUGGCGGGCGGAAGUGAAGUAGUGGCAGGCGGAAGCGACGUAGUGGCAGGCGGAAGCGACGUAGUGGCAGGCGGAACUGACGUAGAGGUUGGCGAAAGUGACGCAUUGGCAGGCGAAAAUGACGUAGUGGCAGGCGGAAUUGACGUAGUGGCAGGCGGAACUGACGUAGUGGCAGGCGGAACUGACGUAGUGGCAGGCGGAACUGACGAAGUGGGUUCCAUAACCGCUCCGGAUAUAGAUGAAAAAGAGACUAGUUUCUAGUUUGAGCCGUUGACUUACUGACUUGACUUAUGUCAGGUAUCGCUCCUCCCCUGUCACCCGAACCACUGCAGCAGCCCAGAAGACCCUGUCCAGCAUCGCCUUUCCCCUGCUGUCUGCCUCUAGUUCUGAGCCGUUAGAGACAGCAUUGACAGCAACAACAGCUUUAAGAUUCCUUGUACACCUUCCUAUUUCAAAGGGAAUCACUCAAAAUCUAAUCAGUCUCAAUGACUUAUAACGUAA